AUGGCCGACGACCUCCUGCAGAUGUUCCAGAGCAUCACGACGAGUGACCACGACGAGCUCGUUGACCAGUUUGCGCACUUACUGCAGCUGGACGUGCAGACUGCCACUUUCUUCCUCGAGUCGUGCAACUGGAACGUCGAGACGGCCGUGAAUAACUACUUGGUUACAGUCGAAGCCGCUGGAGGUGGCCACAAUGCGGCCACGAGAGACGCAAGUGAGGAUUUAAGCAUGGAAGACGAGGGCGAAGGAGCGCCGCGGCUAUCAAGGAAAACAAACCAGCUCCAUGUGGAGUCGAUCUUGUAUCAGGCGCAAUGUACGAGCGACUUGUCCGCGCUACAGAACACGCUCUUGGCACCCGAGACGCCAGUGCAGAUGCACUGGAGCUUUGUGAAUACGGGACAUGAAGCGUGGCCGACGGAUACACGGCUGGUGUUUGCACAAGGCACGAGCUUUCAAGGACCUGAGCAAAUGACUGUAGCGCCGGCAGUAGUCGGACAGCGGGUAGAUCUACACGCUCCACUGUGCAUGCCGUCGGAGCCAGGGUCUUAUGCUGGUAGCUGGAGGCUGCACUGUUCACGGGGAUUCUUUGGCGACCCGGUAUGGGUUGUUGUCAACAUAGGCACCCACGAGGCAGCGGCGGCGUUUGCGUUGCAGCAUCAACAGACGACGGGAGCACCGGCGACGGCGGGUAGCAGUGAUCCGUCCAAGUUUCAAUUGACUGAUGAUGAUCUACAGCCUUCUUCAACUGCGGUGGAAGACAUGGAUCUCUAG